AUGACUUCCAACGCUACCGUUCACGUCAAGAACAUCGCCGUCGCGACCAGCGACAGCGAGAUCAAGGACUUUUUCAGCUUCUGCGGCAAGAUCGCUGAUCUCAAGGUCACCACCGAGGGCGAGACCAAGUCGGCCGACGUCACUUUUGAGAAGGAGACGGCCAAGAAGACUGCUCUUCUCCUCCACAACACCCAGCUGGGCCCCAACCACCUCGAGGUCACCAGCGCCGGUGAGGAUGUCGACGAUGAUGCCGCUCACCCCACCAAGAACGCCGACCGCGACUCCGACGAGAUCACCCAGGAGGAGAAGCCUCGCGCCCGCAUCCUGGCCGAGUACCUCGCCCACGGCUACGUGAUUGGAGAUGCCGCCAUCCAGCGCGGAAUCGAGCUAGACACCAAGCACAACGUCUCGAACCGCUUCCUCACCACCCUCCAGAACCUCGACACCAAGUACCACGCCACCGACCGGGCCAAGGCCACCGACCAGAGCUACGGUAUCACCCAGCGCGCCAACAACCUAUGGCUCGGCCUCAGCUCGUACUUUGAGAAGGCCUCCCACACACCCACCGGCAAGAAGAUUGCCCAGUUCUACACGGAUAGCAGCCGACAAGUUCAGGAGGUCCACGCCGAGGCUCGACGUCUGGCCGACCUGAAGAAGGAGGAGGCCGGUGGCAGCGCCUACAAGGCCGCAGGACUCGAGAAGGUGUUUGGCAAGGAGAAGACCUCUGGUACCACUGCUCCCGAGUCGGGUCCUGGUGAUUCUACCGGCACUUCCACUCAGCCUGCUCCUGCGGAGAAUAUUCCCAACGUCAGCGCUCCCGAGGGUGGUGAGAAGCAUUGA